AUGGAGGGGAGGCCGCAGGACCUCUAACUGAACCCCUGGCGCCCAGGAGGGGCAGGGGCCUGUCCGAUUGGGACAAAUGCCCAUGGAGCUGCCAUAGGUUGAGCCUACAGAUUGCAACUUCACUGCCAAAAUGUCAUUGUCUUCUACUGCUGCACAUUGUUCAGCAUCUGAAAAUGCUUGCAGGAUUUCACCAGGACAAGUUAAUCAGGUACGACCAAAACUGCCACUGCUAAAGAUUUUGCAAGCAGCAGGUGCACAAGGUGAAAUGUUCACAAUGAAAGAGGUCAUGCAUUAUCUAGGCCAGUAUAUAAUGGUGAAGCAGCUCUAUGAUCAGCAAGAACAGCACAUGGUAUAUUGUGGUGGAGAUCUUCUCGGAGAACUGCUAGGACUUCAGAGCUUCUCUGUGAAAGAUCCAAGCCCCCUUUAUGACAUGCUAAGAAAGAAUCUGGUUACUGCAACUGUUACAGAUGCUGCACAGACUCUCGCUAUCGCACAGGAUCAGAGUAUGGAUAUUCCAAGCCGAGAUCAACUGAAGCAAGGUGCAGAAGGAAGUUCUAGCCCUGGUUAUGGACUUGAAGAAGGUGAUUCUCCUGCUUUGUCUACCUCACAGCGCAAAUCCAGAAAUCCAAGAUCAGAUGAAGACUUGAUAGAAAAUUUAACCCCGAACAAGUCACCUAGGCUAGAUCUUGUGUUCGAGGAAUGGGAUGUGGCUGGCCUGCCUUGGUGGUUCUUAGGAAACUUAAGAAACAACUAUACACCUAGAAGUAAUGGCUCAACUGACUUACAGACAAAUCAGGAUAUAGAUACUGCCAUUGUUUCAGACACUACGGAUGACUUGUGGUUCUUGAAUGAGUCAGGACCAGAGCAGCUAAAUGUUGCAGUAAAAGUUGAAGCUGCCGAUACUGAGCAAGCAAGUGAAGGAGGAAAAGAGGCUGACAAAAAGUUGAUCGAAGUUAGAUUAUUUGAUGACCUUGAGGACUCUCAAUGCUUAAGUGAUGACACAGAUACAGAAGUUACCUCUGAGGGUGAAUGGCAGUGUACCAAGUGCAAGAAGUUUAAUUCUCCAAGCAAAAGGUACUGCUUCCGAUGUUGGGCACUGAGAAAAGAUUGGUAUUCAGAUUGCCCUAAGCUAUCCCAUUCUCUUUCUGUGUCCAAUAUCCCUGCCAUGCCAGUGAAGAAAGAUGACCAAGGAAUUGAUGUCCCUGAUUGCCGAAGAACCAUCUCUGACCCCCUUGUCCGACCCAAAGAACCAUAUAAGAUGGAAGAAAAGUCUAAGCUACUGGACUCUUGCAACUCAGUGGAAUUCUUGGAUUUGGCCCAGAGUUCUGAAAGUCAGGAGACCAUUUCAAGCAUAGGGGAGCAGCCAGAAAACCUUUAUGAACAGAAUACAGAUACAGCAGCUAUGGAAAAUUGCAAAAAUCUCUUUAAGCCGUGCAAAUUGUGUGAGAAGAGGCCACGUGAUGGGAACAUCAUUCAUGGGAGGACUGCUCACUUAGUGGCUUGUUUUCGCUGUGCCAAAAGAUUGAAGAAGACCAGGGCUCCGUGUCCCAUUUGUAAGAAAUCAAUUCAGAUGGUCAUCAAAAUCUUUGUGGCGUAGCUUUUUAGCUCGCUGAGUUUUACAAACUUGAUAACCAGCUGUGUCAGGUUUCCAAACUUUAGUAGUGAGCAUCUGCACUUAGAGCAUGGUCUUAGCAUGUCCCUCUUGUUUGUGUGCUAUUCCUGGUAAAGUCACCUGGACUUUGAACAGGAGGUUUUUGGGACUAGAUAAUUUAUCCUGAAGAUUCUCUUUUGAGAACCUGUUAAAGUGAAUGACAGUUUUUCAGAAAUUACUCAGCGUAAUGAAAAGUACACAGCAUGGCUGCCUUCCUUCCUUCACAGGUUGAGGUGGAUAGAGAGGGAUUACAGAGGGAGGAGCAUGACACACAUAGGAGCCUUCUCUUCUAAGCUGUUAGGGAUUUCAAGUUCCUGGAAAAAACUUAUUGUUGAUAACAGAGUCUCUGACACCCAGGAUGAUUAGGGAAAAAUUGAAGCUGGCAGUUUGAAAACACAAACAUUAAUCUUAAGAUCAUUCCCUCGACUUACUGCAGUGCAUUGGAUCUCUUCACUUUGCAGUCGCAUUGGUCAUUUGUAAGAAGAAUGAGGGUCUUGAGCAAAGCAGAGUAGCCACUAAUGGUUUUCUUUUCGUAGUCCCCAGACAGAGUUGUUCUGUUUACUGAGCCACCCUGUGUUAAAGAACCCUUGGACUUAGUACAAAAGACUGCGUUCCUGAAAGGGCGUUGUAAUAGAGCUAGAGAACAGUGGCCUCCAAGAUCUCACAGUACCAACUCUUGUUCUUUAUUUAGUUUUUUAAACUUCGUUAAGUUAUUUUUAGUUUUCAGCAUUCACUUCCACAAGCUUCUGAGUUCC